AUGAAGAGGAAGGCUCCAAACACUCCAGUUAUUCAAAAUGCUAAACAGUUAGCUUUGGAAGAAGACAAAGUUAAAUCUUUGUUUAAUCAAAAAAUUUGGGAUCCAGAAUUCCGUGAACAAAUGAAGAAUGAUAUUGCUAAUUCUCAGCCAUAUAAUUGGGGUACCAUUAUUGAUUUAGUUGAUGACGAAUUAUUGCGUUCAGUUCGUAAAGAAAUCGAAAAUGAAGUUCAUUUCACUAGAAAAGAAACUGAUAUUUAUAAGAUCAAUCAAAGUGGUGAUUUGGCCAAUUUAUCUGGUUUAGAUUGGAAUGAUCUUUCAAGAUUGCCAAAUUUAUAUAAAUUGCGUCAAAUUAUGUAUUCUCAACAAUUUAGAGACUUUUUUGCUUAUAUUACUGGAUCUGGUAAAUUAUCUGGUAAAAAGACUGAUAUGAGUAUGCAACAUUAUACUAAGGGAUGCCAUUUAUUGACUCACGAUGAUGUUAUUGGUUCCAGACGUAUUAGUUUCAUUUUAUACUUACCAGAACCUGACAGAAAAUGGAAAUCCCAUUAUGGUGGGGGUUUAAGAUUAUUUCCAAGUAUCAAGGAAAAUAUUCCAUACUCUGAUCCAUCUGCUAAGUUAGUUCCACAAUUCAAUCAAAUUGCCUUUUUCAAGGUUCAACCAGGUUUCUCAUUCCACGAUGUAGAAGAAGUACGAGUCGAUAAGCAUAGAUUAUCAAUUCAAGGUUGGUACCAUAUCCCACAAGAAGGUGAAGAAGGUUAUGUUCCAGGCGAAGAAGAAGCUUGGAUUAGCCAAAACAUCUCUACUUUGGCUCAAUUAGAAUCCAAGACUUUGCAAGACUUUGAAUUCCCAAAUGCUGAAAGAGAUAUUUUACCAUUCCAUCAAGUAAAGCACUAUGAAAAUUUAUUGACUACUGAUGAGAGUGAGUUAGAAAGCGAAUUAGUAAAUGCUUUGAAAUUGACUGAAAGAGAAAUUGAAUUUUUGGCUCAAUAUAUUUCUCCAGAAUAUUUGACAAAAGAAGGUCUAGCUAGUUUGCAAUCGAAAUUUAUUGAAAACUCUUUCUUAGAAAUUGAAUCUUUCUUAAACGAUCCAAAGGCUGAUUUGUUAAAGAAGUUGAUCAAACAUGUUGAAUUGGAAAAAGAAUGCCCAAUGGAAGCUAAGAAUGUUGAAGCUCCGUGGAAAACUGCUACUCCAUCACACAAGUGGAGAUACUUGUAUAUUGAUGGUAAACCACAUGAAAAAUUCAGCACUGAAGAAGAUAUGAUUGAAAAUUUAACUUAUGAAGAGUCUGCUAACUUUAAAUGGUUAAAGGAGACUUUAAUCAAAGAUGAAAAAACUAGAAAGGAAAAUGAAGCAGAAAUUGCCUUAGUUGAAUUAGCUCAAUUCUUUAAAAGUACUGUUUUUAAGAAAUAUAUUGCCAAUUUGACUUUAUUAUGCCCAUUGAGUGAAAAGAUUAUUAUCAGAAGAUUCAGACCAGGUAACGAUUUUACUUUGGCUACACAAUGUCAUUUAAGCGAAAUCUUAAAGAAUGUCGAGGGUUUUGUUGAUGCAAUCUUAGAAGGUACUCUAUGUCUGACACCAACUGGUGGUUGGGAAUCUGGUGAAGUCGGUGGUUAUGAAUUAUAUAUGGCCGAUGAAGGUGAUGUUGAAAGAGAAGAUACCCAAUUAGAGAGAGAUGUUGAAGAUGCUACUGUUUACCGUACAGAUGAUACUGGUGAUUCAGUUUUGUUACAGAGACCAGCUACUUGGAAUUCUUUGGUUUUGGUAUUAAGAGAUCAAAGUGUUUUAGAAUUCGUCAAGUAUAUUAACAUGAGUGCUGAAUCUAGUAGAUGGGACUUGAAAUUACAAUGGGAUAUUAAAUCCAUGGACGCUGAUGAAAGUGACGAAGAAUAG